ACGCAAAAAACCUUCACUGCUCUCAAAUUUAUUAACCAAAUUAGAGUGUUUAAUUUUAUGAUUACAUUUUUGAAGAAAAAAAAUGGACUCAAAAUCGACAAAAUUGACUAAAAUUAACACCAAAUCUAAAAUUUCAACCAGUGUUAAAGUUCGAAGAUUUAGUGCCGGCAUUAAUAAUGUUCUGUUUUCAUCAAAUACAUUGCCAUUUCCUUCACAUGUUGAUGAUGAUAAUUUGCAAGCCGAAAAAAUGAGUGUUCAAGAGACUAUUAAAGCGGAAAGACGCUUCUCUUUUCUGACCCCCGAUCAAUUCCGUCGUCGACGAAGCUCAAACUCGGUAAACUCGAAUACGUGGCGGUCGUCGAACUCUCAUGUUUCGACUCUAGGGUCUUGUAAGUCUAGCCGCGGAAGUCGUGUUUCAUUGUUCGGUUCGUCGUUUCAAAUCCAGGAGACGAGUCGCGAAGAUGACGAAGCCCCGGUUCGAGAUUCCGACGACGAUGACGACGACGGAAAUUUCCCUGAGUUUCCGCUAACGCUUCGGAAUUUUCAAUUAGGGCAAUCAAAUUUUGGUUUGGAGGCGCGAAAAUCAUUUUGCACAUUUAGUUCACCGCAACAGAAACUAGAAGAAAUUAUUGACAUGAUGAAAAAUGAUAACGUUAAAAUAAGUGAGCAAACGAGACGCGUUUACCUGUUCUGUGAGGACAUUUUGGAGGCUGAGAAGGAAGACAUGAAAAUGAACAAACCGAGGGCAUACACGAAUGCGAGUCUGAACGAUCUGAGUUUUCACGAACAUCACACAAUGCAAGAAUACAUCUCGCAAGAAGUCAAUUCGUCUGUUCAAACCAGAAAAAUUUCACUAGACAUGAAUUUGAGUCCGGUCAACAAACCCAACGUGACCGGUUCGAGCCCUGGAGGGGCUAACACGCGGGUGGAAAAAAGAAAAAGUAUUUUCAAGCGACUCACAGGAAGAAGCUCGAACAAAGAGACUUCAAACUCGAAUGAAAACAUUGUUAGCUGUCAAACUCAGACGAUGACUCACCAAUAUUCAGUGGAAGGUGGCGAACACUUCAGAGAUUCAAGUAUGAAACAGAAAUCACACUUCAAGAAACACAACACGAUGCGACAGUCCAGGAGCUCCAUGAUGUUCGGAAGAACGGAACAUAGGUCAAGUAUAACCUCAGAGGAAUCGGGAUUGUCGGUGAAAAGCAACGAAGAAAUACUGGAUGACCCCACUUUGAAAGUCCUCACAUUAUCACUACUACGUAAGAGUCUACAACGAAAAGAUACUUCCUACUGGGAUACUCUUUACGUUCUGAUUACACUAUGUAAACUACGAGAAGUCGAGACGAGUAUUGAUAUUAUCAUCGAAACUGAUACGUUCGACCAAAUUCGAUCCCUAAUUGAGAGUUACAAUGAAAAUUUACCCCUCAAGGCGAAGAACAUCGUCACAGAUUUAGUCCGAAGCUGCAUAUCUCUUUUCAAUUACAUUCUCUAUUUGUGUAGAAUUUACGGACAUUCAGAAAUUUAUAAAAUCGAUUCUGUCAUCGAAAUAGCGGAAGAACUUCUUCACGAUCAGAUUUACAGAAACAUCCAAAAAGUAGUCGAAGAUGAAACUGAUUUGAUGUUCUUGGAGAGUCUACGAGGAACCAUGGAAAAAGAAAUUUCGAGUCACGCGCCGAUAUUAAAUGCAAUCAACGAAGGGACCAAAAUUAUUAGUAGUUUCUAUCAUACAGAUUUAGAUGACUCGAGCAGUUAA